UAGGACUAAAGUUACUGACUCGAGAUUUUGUUUUUUUCCGCUAGCCUACUUUAACAUAGCUUGUAUUUGGUACACAUUCAGUUAUAAGAAGAUUAAAUUGUGAAACAAUAUUUCUGAAUUCAGGGUAAUGGCUGUUGUGUUGCUAGUGCUUCUCACCUGUGUCACCCUGUUACCUGUCCUGUUACAGGCUGCAGGUAUCACACCUGUGAGCCACGAGUCAGAACCAGCCUUCUGGCACGAUAUAGCCCAGCGGGAGAUGGAGGACUCCUUGAGACCCCGACCCCAGGGUGUGGCGAAGAAUAUCAUCUUUUUCCUGGGGGACGGGAUGGGGCCCACGUCUGUGACUGCUGCCCGCAUCCUGCAGGGGCAGCUGAAGGGGAGGAGGGGGGAGGAGGAGAAGCUGAGCUUCGACAAGUUCCCCUACACGGGCCUGUCGCGGACCUACAGCGUCGACCACCAAAUCACAGACUCAGCUGCUUCCGGCACCGCCUACCUGACAGGUGUAAAGACCAACUCUGGUCUGCUGGGUCUCAGUGCCGCGGCCGUCAGGAAACAGUGCAACUCUACAGCUGGGGCCAGCGUCGACUCCAUCUUGAGAUGGUCUCUACAAGAAGGUAAGUCCGCUGGAAUCGUGACGACAGCACGUGUGACCCACGCCUCACCUGGUGCCAGCUAUGCUCACUCAGCUGAUCGAGACUGGGAAUCAGACAGACAUAUACCGGCAGACCAGAAAAACUGUGAAGACAUUGCCCUUCAGCUUAUAUCAAGAAACAGCGACAUACACGUUGUCUUAGGGGGAGGUCGGGCCGCGUUUUACCCCGAAGACUUUGAAGACCCCGACCCGAACCCGUCUUUCAACACGUCAAAAGACAGCAGAACCGAUGGACGGAACUUAAUACAGGAGUGGAAGAGCUACAUGACGUCACAAGGUCUGAAACACAAAUUUGUCUUUAACAAGACAGGUUUUAAUGACGUCACAGCAGCUAACACAGAUUUUCUUUUAGGCCUGUUUUCUCAAGACCACAUGAGCUAUGAGUUGAACAGGGACGCAACCAAAGAGCCAUCACUCUCAGAGAUGACAGAAAAAGCUAUUUCAAUUCUUCGGAAAAACCCAAAAGGAUUUUUCUUAUUUGUAGAAGGUGGACGUAUCGACCAUGGCCACCACGCAUCUCUGGCCGUCCACGCCCUCCACGAAACGGUCGCCUUCGCCCAGGCCGUCCAGACGGCCACGACGUUGACUGACCAGCUGGACACGCUGACCGUCGUCACGGCUGACCACUCACACGUCAUGAGCAUCGCGGGGUACGCCACGCGAGGUAACCCGAUCCUAGGUUUAAGUGACAGCGACCAGAAGGUCCCUAGUCUUGCGACCCUGGACAAAAAGCCCUACACGACCCUUUUGUACGGCACUGGACCUGGGUACCGGGAGACCCGGCCCAACAUCACGUUAGAAAACACAGCUGACAAGAGGUACAUCAGUCAAUCAGCUGUUCCAAUGUCCAAAGAGACUCACGGGGGCGAAGACGUUGGAAUAUUCGCACAAGGUCCCCAGUCGUUCCUGUACACAGGCGUCCACGAGCAGAACUACAUCCCUAUGGUCAUGGCCUACGCCUCAUGUGUCGGGCCCUACGCCGAGGGGGGAAAACCCUGCGCGAGACACGCCGCUGUCAAAGACGAUACACAGAAGAAUUCUAGGAGUUCUGCAGGGUUCAUUCAAGCCAAUGUAGCAGUUUUGGUAUUCUUGUUUACAUUAUGUUCAUUUUCCCAGCAUUCAAGCAUUAUAACAGUUCAUUUAUAAGUUAC